AUGAAGAAUAGAUUCACCACUCUAGAUGUCUUAGCUGCUGUGCAUGACCUCAAGCCUCUGGAAGGCAUGCGAGUGAACAAUAUUUAUGAUAUAAACUCGAAAACAUAUCUGAUUAGACUGCAGAAACCUGAUGAAAAGGCUGUUAUAUUAUUUGAAUCUGGUAUACGCAUACAAAAAACGAACAUUGAUUGGCCAAAAUCACAAUUCCCCUCUUCGUUCAGUAUGAAAAUGAGAAAGCAUGUCAAGCAAAAGCGACUAGAGAAGAUUAGUCAAUUGGGAGUAGACAGAGUUAUCGAUAUGACUUUUGGUGAAGAUGAUAGAGCUGUGCACAUUAUAGUGGAGCUAUACGAUAGAGGGAACAUUUUGCUAACUGAUCAUGAGUACAUUAUUCUCAACAUUCUUCGACCGCGAACAGAUAAAGAUACUGAUGUGAGACUAUCAGUAAAACAAAAGUUCCCCAUCGAGAAUGCGAGAUCAGAAGAUGAUCUUCCCACUGUUGAAAACCUUCAAGAAGCUUUCUCCAAAGCUAAGAAGGGAGACAAUUUAAGAAGAAUGAUAGCACCUUUAACUCAAAUGGGCGGUCCUCUGAUUGAUCAUGCUCUAUUCGAGUCUGGAUUUCCCAAUAACGCACAGUUCCUAAAAAAUGUGGAUAACACGCCAGAAGACAUUAAGAGAGUGCAUGACGCGUUAGUGAAGGGUUCAGUUGUUUACGAUACCAUCAAAGCUACACCAUGUAAGGGCUUCAUCACCUACAAGAACGAUCAGAGAGCUGAUGGUACUCCUUUGGAGACAUACCAAGACUAUCAUCCUUAUCUCUUCACUCAAUGUGCUUCCGGACCAUUCAAAGAGUUUCCAUCAUUCAGUGAAGCUGUCGAUGAGUUCUAUUCCAAACUUGAUGAGCAAAAACAGGACCAACGAACGCUCAACAUGGAACGAGAGGCUUUGAAGAAACUGGAUAACGUUCGGAAAGAUCAGGAGGGUCGAGUUUUAGCUUUGGAAGAAUGCCAAGAAAAGCAAAAACUCAUAGCUGAACGCAUAAUCAUCAACAAGGAUCUUGUGGAUAAGGCUCUUCAUCUGAUGCUUUCUGCCAUCGCCAGUCAAUUGACAUGGGAGUCGAUUGACGAAAUGCUGAAGAAAAUGAUAAAGGCUAAUGACUCAGUGGCUAAAGCUAUCGUCAAACUCAAUCUAGACAGUAACCAAUUCACUUUACGUCUCGCAGACCCAUAUGAUCCUGAAGAACCAACAAUUGAUGCUGUAAUCGACGCAGGACUGAAUACAUUCCAAAAUUCACGAAAGUACUUUGAUGACAAGAAAGCUGCAGCGGAGAAAGCUCAAAAGACUCUCGCCUCUGCUGGUAAAGCUAUCAAGAAUGCUCAACUUAAAACAAAGGAGACGCUUGAUCAGAUUGAACAGGGAAGAAUUCGAGCAAUCAGAAAGCGAAAACAAAUGUGGUUCGAGAAGUUCCUCUGGUUCAUAUCAUCGGAAGAUUAUAUAGUUGUAGCUGGAAGAGAUGCUCAGCAAAAUGAGCUUUUAGUCAAAAAGUAUCUUCGUGAAGGAGAUAUAUAUGUUCACGCAGACAUUAGAGGAGCUGCCUCAGUUAUCAUCAGAAACAGAGCGGGUAAAGGGGACAUUCCACCUAAGACUCUUACAGAAGCGGGUCAGAUGGCCGUGUGUUAUUCAAAUGCUUGGGAAGCAAAAGUGGUUGCUAGUGCUUGGUGGGUCAGACAUGAUCAGGUAUCGCGAACUGCACCCACAGGAGAAUACUUGACCACGGGAUCAUUCAUGAUCAGAGGUAAAAAAAAUUUUAUGCCUGCAAGUCAAUUGGUAAUGGGAUUCGGUAUCCUCUUCAAGAUUGACGAAGAUGGAAUAGCCAGACAUCAAGGAGAGCGAAGAGUUGUCUCUGAAAUGCCGAAAGAGGAAGAAGAGGAAGAAGAGAAUGAUGUAGAACUCGAUGGAAGCGAGCAGGAGGAUGAGGAGGGCGAAGCCAAGAAAGACGAGAAUGAGGAUGAAUUCCCUGACGUUCAAGUGUCAGUCCCAACUUUGAAUGCUGUAGAGGAAGAUUUCACCAUCCUUGAACUUGGUCAGAAGGGCAGAAAACCUAAGCAGUCCAAACCAACUCAAGAAGAUCUGACGAAGAAAUAUCUAGAGAUGAAGAGAGAAGAAGAACGAAAGAAUGCUCAAGCCAAACAAGGGCCCACCAAGAGGCAAAAGCAUAAGAUGGACAAGAUGAAGAAAAAAUAUAAAGAUCAAGAUGAAGAAGAGCGUGAGUUGAGGAUGACACUUCUAGGAAGCAGAGGAAAGGCGAAAAAACCGGAACCUGAGGUUCAGAUCAAUGAAGUCGAAGAGAAAAAAGAGUAUGUGAAACGUGAACCAGUAAGGGUAAAACAAGAGCCAAAGAAUGAAGAAGAUGCAGAGGAAGACAAAGAAGAUGAAACCGCUCACGUGGAGGAUAGUGAAGCUUUAUUACCUCAGUUGACUGGUAAGCCCGUAGAAGAUGAUACCGUCAUAUUCGCUAUCCCCAUGGUUGCUCCAUAUCAAGUAUUUGCUAAUUACAAGUUCAAAGUGAAGUUAACGCCUGGAACUAGCAAAAGAGGAAAAUCAGCAAAGAGUGCCCUAGAUCUAUUUUUGAGGUCCAAACUAGCCAGCGUUCAAGAGGAAAGUCAGAUCCGACUUAUGGUAGGCGAUGAAGCAACUGCCAGAAAUAUCCCGGGCAAAGUGCGAGUGUCGGCCCCACAACUUCAUGCAAAAUGA